GUGGUGCGAAUAGUAAGAGACGUGUAGUACGCCCCGACGGUGACAAGCAUGACAUUCUCCAUUAUCUGUACCAGUUCCUUGACUAUAGGGUGGUGCGAAUAGACUGUACGGUCUUGCGUGCGCGCGUGGUGCUAGUAAAUAUUACCCUAACCCUUACUGCAACUUGAAAGGCAGUGCUAUUAGCCGUUAACGGGUAUCUUUUUCUGACUAGGACAGGCCUGCCUCUUAUCAGUGGGCUGUCGUCCAGAGAGCUACACUGGAGGCUUCGAUGGAUAUGGAGCGGAUGGCGUUCACGGCGCUGCCGGCUGUCCUCGUCAUGGUCUACGUCAUGCCCAUCCUGUGCACCAUAGAGGUUCUGGUCCUGAGCAACGAAGCUGAGCUGUUCUCUUACGUGACGGCGUCGCACGUUUUGACUCUGCUGCUUCCCAUGUGCAUGGCUGGCGACCUUCUGAGCCGUCUUCGGAACGGCGUGUGCAACGGCGCCUACAACGGACCCUGGACAGAGGUGGGUGCAUACCUACGUAAUACGCCACGCCGCCACGUGGACGUCAGACGAUGCGACUUUUACGUCUGUAUUUCAUGUCGGCACGAGUUUGCACACUAAAUGUUGUGUACAAUUUUGUACGAGACAUCACAGUUUUUUGUGCACACGAAAUUUUCGUACCAUUUUCGUACAAAACACUGCACAUUUUUCGCCUUUUUUGCACAAAUUUGUCCAAAAUCAUGUACAGAUUUGUACGAAAAGUUCGUGUGCACUAAAAGCUGUGAUGUCUAGUACAAAAUUUGUACAAAAAUAUUUAGUGUGUGGGCAUCACGGAUGGCGAAAUUCUCGGUCCCCCUUAGCUUACAACACCCAAUCAGUUGGCUAACUAAUUGUGAAAUAGUGCGCAUUGGAUUUCAUUUGAAACUUAAGAGG